AUAAUGUCAAUGUCACGUCACUUUGAAUUUGUUUGGUUAAUGUACGUUAGCGUCCUACUGCUAAAUUUUUAUACACUAUUCGACAUUAAAUUCUUUUAAAUGGAAAAACCAAGGAAUAAUAUGUGCGUUUGGGUUAAUGGCAAUCCAGAUGACUUGAAUCGAGCCAUACUAAAAGAACAGUUUCAGAAGUUUGGUAAAGUUACUAAGAUAUUUAUUGAUACUGAGGCAAGCUUUGCUAAAGUUUACUUUGACAACAUUGAGAGUAGAAAUCAAGCUUGUUCGGAACUAUCAGGUUUCCAGAGUUGGAAGUGCUCUCUUUUUAAGGAAAAUUUCUCUGGAAAAAAAUUCAACAGCCAUUUGGAUACAAGUUACCAAGAGACCAAAUCUUCCCCUUCGGACACCCACAGUAUACCAGGCACAUCAAGCGACAUGGAGACCUUCUUUGACGCGGGCGAAUUCGUCGACAUUAAUGGGAGGAGCGUGGAGGUCCUCCAGGCAGACAACGGACAACUUUUUGUCAGUUAUGACGACAUUCGGGCGGGCGGUUUCAACAUUUACCCUAAAGAAACUUAUGCCAGCACCAUCAUAUUAAAAAGUGAGGACUUGAGACAUUUUGAAAAUUUCUUGCUUAACCAGGGCCAGAGGUACAUUUUGAGCCAUCAAAAGCGUUUUAGUGAGGAGGAAAUGCUUAAUGUGUUCGAACGGGUCAGAUCGAAAUGGACUGGAAGAAGUCAGGAACCUGAAGUUGAAGUGAGUUCGAGGAAGGUUAUCUCGGACCCUAUUAAGAAGAAUUUUUCUAUUACGGCACCAAAUGUGGCUAGUUCGAGUAGUGGCAGGGGAAAGAGGCCUGGAAGAAUGGAAGAUCUCCAACCAACAUAUAGCUAUAGAAACUCAAGACCGCUAGAAAACAGGAAUAAUCAGAGCGUUAGCAAUGGAUAUGUUCGGUCUUCUUCUCAUAAUUCUAGACACAUUGACGACAAUCGGAGCAGGAAUAAUAGGAGACCUGAUAAUGCUUCAUUGGAGAAUCAAAACUUGCCACCGAGAAAGCCCAGAUCUGGCGACAAUGUCCCCAUACAAACAAAUCAUGGGCAACAAGCAGCAGAACCUACUCAAGAAUCCGAUGAAAAAUGGGAUGACGAAUCGAUUGAACCGCAAAAUUCGCAAAUUGCCAAAAAUGACUCCCGGAAGCCUCGUUUAAACAUUAAAAAAGUUGAACUGGACUCCGGAACCACCCAAAAAUUGAAAGUUUCAUUCAUUAAUAAAAAAGCAAUUUUCUGCGGAAAUACUUUGGAUAGUUUGGAUCUGAUUCAGGAGAUUUUCGUGCAUGUGAAUACGAUUGAUAACGGUUUGCCAGAGAUGAGCGAGCCUAAGCGGGAUAUGCUUUGUUGCGCCUUUUUCGAAGAUUGCUGGUACCGAGCGGCAGUUCUCCAAAGUUCCGCCCCCGAUCAAACCCUAGUGGAACUGAUCGACUACGGAAACCGCGAAAGAAUAACGACCCCCGUGCGUGAAUUAUCCGAAGAAAUGAAGGCGAUCCCUGGCCAGGCGAUCAGAUGCACCCUAAAUAAUCAAGAAUGUUUUAAUCUUACCUUGGACCAGGUCGUGGAAGUUUACGUUAGGAAACACGUGCUGGACGCGGUGUUUGACGAUUUGACGCAUCUGGUGGAUAUCAAACAAGUUUUGAAGGCAGACGCGGACACAGUUGGUGAAGAGAGUAGAAGUGCUUCUGACCCAGAGUCUAAGAGCAAGCCCGUUGUACCGGAAAAGGAAGAAACUUUCACCAAGGUUCCACCCACCGAUGUCAAAAUCGCAGUAGACAGCAGCGUUCAAAUCGUCAACUAUACCGAUUCAAAGUUGAUCCUGCGUAACAAGGAAACCGCCCUCGUUUGCAAAAAUGUUUACGGUCAUAUCGCCACGAUGCCCAAAAAACCUAUUACGAAUCCAGUUGUCGGGCAAAUCUGUUUGUGCAAGAAGGACAGCGACGACGGCCUGCACCGGGCCGUAAUCAAGAAAAUUACCGAUAAAACGGCCCAAUUGGAGUAUUUGGAUCACGGUGAUACGGUCACGUUGUCCCUAAAAUCGUUGAAUCAUGUUGAUAGUUUUUUGGCGGAUCAACCGAGGUCCAUGUUCGAACAUCCGUAUCCGGUAUUGAGAAUGGCCAAUGAGGAAGUGGACCAUUUUUUGCUCGAUUUGAUUGUUGAAAAGAAGAAACUGAAAACGGUUAACACAGACAACACCAUAGACUUCCAACUAGCGGACGGCACAUUACUCUCAGAAAAAAUCAAGUCCCUAGCAACUCCUCCACCGCCGCAAACCUCGUCAUCUCCUCCCACCGUGGAGAAAACCCCAGAAGAAUGCAAACCUACCAAGAAAUCUCCCACACCCGUGGUGCCUCCCACACCCGUGGAGCCUCCCACUCACGUGGCGCCUCCCACACCCGUGGCGCCACCCACCGCCAACCGAACCGAAAUAAGGUACGACGACAUGCCCUACGUCGAAGUCCCACUGGGUAAAGGGCAGUUCACAUGUUACUCGUGCAAUGGUGAGUCGUUGACCCUCGUCUCGCUCUCGGACCAGAACGUCCCUUAUUUGAGCCGAGUGUUGGACAUUGCGGAGCCAAGCGACCAGGCCGUCUUGGAACCGGAACCGUUUCAAAUGUGUCUCGCCAAGUUUCAAGAUGCGUGGUAUCGUGCCCUAAUAGUCGAAACCAAAGAAAACAAAGUACAGGUCCUUUUUGUCGAUUUCGGUAAUUCCGAGGACAUUUUUAAGACCGACAUCCGCAGUCUGCCUGAGUCGCUUGCCACCGUCCCGAUUAUCGGUAUAAACGCGUCGUUUGAUGGUCUUCCAGAUAAACAAGCAGUGAGCGACAGACUAAAGGAAUUAUGCGCAGACGACACGGAACUCGAGGUGAUCCUCAAGAGAUACGUCGAGGACGAAAUGAAAUAUUUAAUAGAAAUUCCCUCUGUUUAUGAACAAUUACGGGAAGAGGGGCUUUUGUAGAUUUUCUGUUAAUUUUACUUCACAUCUAUAUUAAGUGACUUUUUUUUGUAAUUAUUAACUAUUUUAUAAGUGACUGCCUCUGUUUCUUUUUAUCGUUAAGAUUACUUUUUAUAUAAGUGCUCAAAUUCCGUUACGUUUAGGUUAAGUGCAAUUUUCGAACAUUAUAUUUCGGGAGUUUAAUUUCUGUUUUUUUAUCUGAUAAUAAAAACGUUAUUUCGGAA